GAUGGCCGCGUGGUAACCGUGGCGACAGACACAACCCGGAAAUCACUGGAGUUCCGGCAGCUUGUGCUCAGCAAAUCGGAGUCCGGGUUUUCACGGCGCCAUCGUGUGUGACGGCCCAUUUUUCGGUGAAAUUGUUGUUUCAACGGGGAACGCUGAAUUUCUCGACUGAUGUUGAGACGUCAAGCGGAACAAAAGGUUCCUUCUCUUCAGACAAGUCGGACAUUAAGAGUGAUCGCACCUCCUCCGGAACUGCUGCAAAGGUCGAUUUCUUCGCAUCUUUUCAUCUUCAUCAACAGAAAUAUUGUUCCACAAGCCAAGCGGCGCAUAUGAGCUGAAAUGUCCGAGAAAGCAGCAGAAGAAGAAGAGACGAGCAAGCAAAAGGGCUACCGCCUGCUGGGCAUUCUGGACGUGGAGAAGACGCCGUGCGCCAGGGAGGCGGUCCUGCACGGCGCCGGAGCCUCGUCGGCUGCCGGCCUUCUGCACUUUUUGGCCACCAGUCGAGUCAAAAGGUCCUUUGACGUCGGCGCCGGGGGCUUCCUGUUGGGCACGUUCGCUUCCUGGUGCUACUGUCGCGUGAGCAACGCCAGGCAGCGAGCGCAGCAGCGGAUCGUCCGCGACGGCAUCAAGAACAAGCUGGUCUACCAGGGGACGGGCGCGGACCCCGCCAGUACCCGGAGGGGCGGCCCCCCGCAAAGCUCGCCGGGCCCCACGUGAGCCCGUCGUCCUCCUUGAAAGGGCGACGGCUCUGCUUCGUGACAACUUGUGAACGUGUACGUAAACAUUAAAACGGUGGCGGCCGUUUGUCUUUCGCUGCCACGUGAGCGUCAAAUUCA